CCCUUAUUACCAGUGAUGGUAUUUAUUCAUGGAGGAGGUUUCCAUGUAGGAUCUGGCGACUACAGUGUUUAUGGCCCGAAUUACCUAUUAGACAAGGAUGUUAUUCUUGUUACGAUGAACUAUCGCCUAGGGGCUCUUGGGUUUCUCAGUACGGGAGAUGCAGUAGUCCCAGGAAACUUUGGAUUAAAAGAUCAAGUAAUCGCUCUCAAAUGGGUUCAGAAAAAUAUCAAAUUUUUCGGUGGGAACCAUAAUCGUGUUACGAUAUUUGGAGGUAGUGCAGGUGGUUCGUCUGUUAAUUUUCAUGCUCUCUCAGACGCAUCCAAUGGCUUAUUUCACCAAUACAUUUUCCAAAGCGGCAGCGCACUGAAUGAAUGGGCAUUCCGAAGUAAAAGUCAGUACAAACCUUACAUAGAUGAGUUUUCUACAAAAAUUGGUUGUUCAUCACUCAAUUCUACAGUUUUUGUCGACUGCUUGCGAAGAAAAGAUUUUUCUGAAAUUAUACAUGCAAAACCUGGCACUACCUUUAAUUAUUCUAGAAAUGCAUGGACGCCAACAGACGAAAUUGAGACAGAAGAUGCAUUUUUGACUGACAUUCCAAAAAAUUUAAUAGCUCGAAAUAAAUUUAAGGAUUAUCCAUCAAUGAGUGGAAGCGUCCUCGAUGAAGGAUUAUCAGUAACGCUACAAUUCUACAAGAAACGGAUUGAUUAUAAGACCUUAAGAAGUAAAGUGGAUAAAUACGUUAAUACAACAUACGAUUAUUUUAUGAAAUCUUCAAACGUCCUGCAGUUCAGAAAAAUAAUUAAUGAUUAUUAUUUCGAUGAAUCUACUGUUACAAAUAAAAAUCAACUUCUAAGAAAUUUCACGAAUUUCCUAACUGAUUGCCGGUAUGUAUACCCGCAAGUGGUAGUUUUCGACAAGAUGGUACAAGUUUUUAAAAGCCCAUUGUAUUUAUUCUUAUUUGGAUAUCGUGGUGACGAGAGUUUAGUUUUUCUGGAGAGCGGUAUACCCAAAAAUGUUGGUGUUAUUCAUGCAGAAGAACUUUUAUAUCUCUUUCCAUAUGUACCUUUCGAAAAAACUAAGAAUGUAGAUCAAAAAGUAAUCGACUUAAUGGUUGACAUGUGGACAUCUUUUGCAAUAAAUGGGAAACCGUCAUCUAAUCAUUUGGGUGCUCCUAAUUGGGAACCUUUUAUGCUGAGUCACAGAUACCUCCACAUUGGUGACAUUUCCAACAAUAAUAUUCCAUCGGUAACACUCGAGCGAAACUAUUUUGGUGACAGAAUGAAAUUCUGGAAAAAAAAUUUUCACUCAUUGUAUGACUAAAUCUACUGAACUACAUGAAACGACAAACGUGCUAUCCAGCAAAUAGUGUUUAAAAGUUAAAUUUCUAUAAUUUGUAGUAAGCAUUACACAUGUAUGAAUUUUUAAUAUAUUAAGUUAUAGAACGAUUUUAUUAAAUAAGAAACGUUCAAGGAGUGAGAACCUUUAUUUUAAGCAAAACAAAUCAGUGACUG